UUAAAGUAAAACUGAAAAAAGUAAAACGAGAAGCAUAAAAACUCGCCUAUUAACAGAAAAUCCCUUGCAAUUGCAACUGUGUCUUCAUUUCUCGUAUAUUCUCUCUCAUGGUUUUUUGCCGUCACAGAUCUUCCUUCCCAAUCACAGAUUUCCGCUAAUCCGAUUAAACGCCUCUUCCAUGGCUCCACCGCAUAAUCAACCAAAUCACAUACUUCCGUCGUUGCCUUUCUCGCUUUCCACACACCAUCGCCGUCGCCGCUGCUCUAAAGCACAAAUGUGCUUCUUCAACAUUCUUCACAUAAUUUCCGUCUUCCCGGCCGCUGACGUCACGGAUAAGAAAUGUUUCGGUCACGAUGAGGAGAUUUGUGAAAAUAAGGUGUUCGGUGAUGACGACAUCAACAUCAAUUUACGUCCGCCGACAGAGGUUGAGCCUUUUGAGACUCUGGCCACGGCGGACGACUUUGCUGAAAAUUGUGUGCAAGAGAUGAACGAUCGGCGCAAAAACGAAUCCUUUGUUGCGGAGGAAUCAGAGUUAGCGGUUGAGGAGGAGAGAGCGACGGAGCACUCGGAGAUCUCGCAUGUAGGAGACCAAAGCUCGGGAAUCGAUUACAAUGGAGUCUCUGAAGUAGUAGAAGAAGAAAAGCAGAGAGAUGAAGGAUAUCUAGGUUUGUUAAUUGAAGCGGCGCAAUUGAUUCUAGGCGAGGACUCCGAGAAGGCGAAGAAACCGCCGAAGAGCAAACACGUGGAGGCAUCGUCGGCGGCAAGAAGAGGAGCGAAAAGGAAGCAGCAAUGUUGGACGGCGGCAGCGGAGGCGGAAUGGUACGCGGAGUUCGAGGACACAUCUCCGGUUGUGAAAUCAAAGCGAGGAAGAAGCCAAGUGUUGCCGUAUAAAUACCGAGACUCGGUGGUGGAGCCGUUGGUAGGGUGGACGUCCUCGAGUCACCGAUCAAUCGCAAACUCAGCAGCAGUGCCUUCAAAGCGAAGGUCAAAAUAGGAAAUAUCCACACCAACCUCCAAGAAGAAAACCGCAGAAAUUGAUCUGGUGCAUCUCGGUGCACUGCAAUAGUGUUGAUCUUCAGUUAGGAUUGAUGCAAAUGUU